CUGGGGAAUCACAAAAUGGCGGACGUUUUCUUACACGUUUUCUACGGUUUUGUUCUAUCUAGAUGAAAUCUCUUUCAGGACUGACUCUUCCUACAGAUAAUUUUACAUCAGGCGUAAGUCUGCAGAAGUACCUAAGAUGUUUGCUCGUGCUGGCCAGCCGGAACUUGUUCGAUCGAACCAAAAAGACGUUUACUAUCUUGGUUUCUUGAGAGAAGGGAUUGGGCAAAUUUAUCGAAAUUUCCAAGGUAAAAGGAUGUACAAAGUUAUGGCAAUUCACUAGUUACUCCAGGGCUAUAGUUAAGGAGUCAUGAGGAUAACAAGUUAUAUCAGUGGGACUCAGUUUUUAUAAGCGUGAGGAAAGGAACCGUCCCCCUCUAAGGAUGACGGGUUUUAGAAUAGGGGGUUCGGAUUUUUCUUCAAAGAAGCCGAUCAAAAGAUAAAAAAUGGAACGCCCCAGAUACCCUUUUUUAAAUAUUGUUAAAACUUCCUUGCCCGCUUGUUUCUGUCAAAGUUCAAGAAACAAUGAAUAGAUGAUGUACAUAGCUUUAUCAUAAUUAUUGAGUUCUCUAAGAGGAUUGCUCACAGAGUGUUUGAUUUCUGAUACCAUUGCUUGAUCAUCAUUAUCAAUAUGGUCCCAGUCUUGCAAAAGACAAAUAGUGCUAUCCACCAGAUAAAUCUCUAUCCGCCUGAUAGCGCAAUAGGUUUCCCUAAUAAUUUCAUCAACUGGAUAGUGAUUUAUCAUGUGGAUAGCACUAUCCAGCUUUUGAACAACUGGGGCCUGCUCUAAUUUUGUGCAUAUAGCAUAAGUGAUUAUUGUGAACAAAAAUACUAGAACAGAUCAACUCAGAAAACAGAAUUGAUUUUACUUUUAGGCGACCACAAUUAAUUCCUUGUUAUUUUUUUAAUCAAACUAAGAGGAAGAAUUUUAUGACUGUGUGUUUGCAAAGAAGGUUUUAGGUCUUUAAGUAAUCUCGGGCUAAAAGACUUCCAAUGGCAUCCUGGUUGCAUAUCAAAGUGAGAGGCUUAAGUAUUCAUAGUAGGUGAUAUCUUCACCAUAAUAAUUAUGGUAAGAGGAUAGCUUAGUUUAGGAGGUGCUUUUUCAGUCAAGAAGAAGAAGAAGAAAAAAUCACUACAUAAGUUUUUGAUGUUCUUAAGAAUGUCAUUGCAGUGUUAAUAGUUUUGAUGUUUUUUCUAAGGUCCGUUCUCAUGGAUAAAGUGGAAGGCUGAACUUGAGUUACUGGCUGACAUCUGUUAUUUUGGACUUACUACAACAAGUGGUAUGACAUCAUUUCUGUUUAAGCCUUUUCCUCUCGGCAGGGGUAUUUUGCAGAAUGUCGAACACCAAUACUGAGUGACGACUCUGAGUUUAGUGAUUAGGGUUCGGAAACUGAGUGAAUCAGGUUCCUUUUUGGGUAGUUAUACUGGGAAACAGAGCUGAAACUUGAUUCACUUCAGAGUCAUUAAGCAUUCUGCCUGUGGUACUUGACAUUCUGCAAAAUACCUCCUAGGCAAAGUACAGUAGUUCCACUCAGGAUGAUUUGACACUUACAUGGCUGUUAACAAAACCUUGUAGUGUUACAUAUUACAUGUACCAAUCAAAUGAAAACUCUUUAGCAGAAAUUUUGCAUGGUACUUUUUUUAGGGGCUAGUCAUUUAUUACCUGUGAGGGGGGGCCAGCCAUUUUGCUCUGGGGUCAUUUCCAAAAUCUUGAUUGUUUUUGGGGGGUCAUUUUAUGAGAAGUGGUAGAAAGAAAUAUUUUCCUGUUAUGUAAGCUAAGAAAUCGAUGUAUUAAAGGUAUUGUAUUAAUUUUUCAGAAAGCUGAAACUACAGCGAAAGAUUAGCCUGCAAGAUCCAGUCAUUACUUCCCUUGAGCAUGUUUUUGUAAAUGAAUAACCACACAGACAUGGACAAAAUUAAUUUGCAUACUUAAGGUUUUUGGGAGAUAGAUAAAUACACGGUCAGUGAAUUCAACUUUAUGGGGGUCAUUUUCAAAAAAUUAGGAUGAAGUUGGGGGUCAAUUUGAAAGUCGUCCAAGCUUUCUCAAAAUGGCCACCCCUCACAAGUAAUGCAAUUGUAAACGACCAGCCCGUUAGCGUGUGAAUGGUUUUACAUUGGCCACCGCAGGAAGAAAAGGUUCAUUUUCAUCCUUAAAACCAAAGAAAGGCACUUUGAAAAUGGUAGGCCAUCUCCAUUGUCAGCUUUUUCGCCCAUGCCGUGGUACAUGUAAUAAGUAAGUAAGUACGUAAAGCCUUUAUUUAAAGAGGGUAGCACCUAAUAGCCAAAGGCUAAUAAACUUGUGGCCCUCAUAAAAUACACAACUAUUUACAAUCUAAUAAAUAUUGUAAGCUAAAAUAUAUAAACAUUUAAAAUAAAACAAGAUUCGAUUUUUAUAUAAAAACAAAAAAAAAAGGCAACAAAAAAAAAUUAUUAAAUGAUAAAAUGAUGCAAACAUUGUUGUUCCUUAAAAAUCUUGGCAAAAAUGUUCUUUUUAAAACAUGCUACAGAAUCUAGUUUCCUAAUUUCAAUUGGUGUACUAUUCCACAGUCUUGUUGCCGAAAGAGCGUCCUCCCUCUGUUUCUCUUCUAUAUUUAGGACAAACAGCAUUAAUGCUUGAAUAUCUAGUGUUGCGGGAGUGCCGCGUAUUAUUCAAAAUUAAGUGUUCAUUUAGAUAAUUCGGCAAAUACACAUUAAUUUGCUUAUACAUUAUUAUGCAUUUAUCUAUCUUGUGUUGCUCAUAAAACGGAAUCCAACCUAGCUUGUUAAACAAAGCAACUGAUGGUGUCAUGCGAUCGGCAUAAGAAAUAAGAAAUAACACGUGCCGCACGUUUUUGCAAUCUUAAGACCCUAUAAACCGACUCUUUAUCACAAUAAUUUGCCCAAACAACGUUAGCAUAAGACAUAACAGGGCGAAUAAUGCUAUUAUAAAACUGAAGUCGCUGUUUAAGAGGUAGACAGGCUCGAAUCUUACGCAGUAUUGCGAUUCUAGAGGCCAACUUUUUACAUACUUUCUCAAUAUGUUCAUUAAAUGACAAUUUGCUGUCGAUUUCUACGCCUAAUAAGGUAGCACAAUCCACAUUACUGAGCUGUUUUCUGUUUAGGAAAACAUCUAUGUCACUUCCAUUUAUGUUAGCCACACAACUUUUCCCAGUGAUCGUGAGUACUUUAGUCUUGUCUUCAUUUAAUGGGAGCUUAUUUGCUGAAGCCCAUAAUUGAAUUUCAGAGACAGACUUAUUUAGUGAUGAACUUAAGGUGGCUAAGUUUUUCACAUCCGCAAAAGCGGUGACAGUCGUAUCAUCUGCGUAAAGGUCCAACUGAGCACUUGUAUACAAGGGCAGAUCGUUGAUAAACAAAAUGAAGAAUAAAGGACCUAAAAUACUGCCCUGAGGGACUCCAUGCAACAUCAAUGCUUCGCUUGACUCACUCCCAUUUACACGGACCACUUGCUUCCUAUCCAACAAGUAAGAGUGACACCAGGCAAGCUCCCGGUUGACUAUACCGUACAGUUCCAACUUGCGCAACAAUAGCAAAUGGACUACCUUUUCUUUCUUGUAACCACUCAAGUGUACAUUGAAGCAAGCAGUAAUUUCAUCUUUAGAUAAAAGAUUGGUAACGUGAUAUUUAGUCAUAGAAGGUGUUACAUAAAAUAGUUUUCUAUUAAUUCCAUUUGUUAAAAUAAGUCUGUCACUGCCAUUCUGUCAUUGUUAACAAUAAUAUAUAAUAAUAUUGUAUUGUUACUUUCAAUCCCCCUUGUGUAACCACCUCUUUUAAGCAACCGCUUCUCAAAUUUUUGAAACACUGUAGUUGAAACCUCUUGUACAAUUGUAAUCCACCGGUCACCUCUGGAUUUAAGCAAUCAUCAAAUCUUUGCAUUAUUACACUGUAAGUGGUUUCUUAUAGGAGGGUUACAAACCUUACAGUAUUGUUAGUAAUUCAAUAGACAUAAGUGAUUGCUGAUCAUUUUCUCUUUUAGGAUUUCAAACUCUUGGUGAAGAAUACUGCAACAUUGUUCAAGUUGAUCAAACCAGAACAUGGGUCCCUUCCACCAUGGUAAGCUGAAGUAUGUCACCUUGAUUGAAUAAUCAAUAAUCUCUAAAAAAGUAUUCUCUGGUUUCGGUACUCUUUUAAUUAAUUUUCUAUGUUAGACUGAUGUUUUUUAACCAUGUAUACAUAAAGUUAUCAUUUAUUCCUUCAUAACAUGAAUUCACAACAACCAACAUUUAUACCACACACAUACAUUUUAGCCUUAAAAAUGAUGGCUUUAAACAUAAAAAGAAGGUAUAAAUAACACAGAAAAUUCAAAAGGAGGCAACUGAUUGCAAUUUUAUUGUGGUUUUUGACAACUUUUAGCCUAAGAUAAGAAGUAGUCAAAGUUCACUUUUCUUGUUUGUAUUGUAUUAUUGUAUUGUAUUGUAUUGUAUUGUAUUGUAUUGUAAUAUUGCAAUGCAAUGCAUUGCAAUGCAUUGCAUUGUAUAAUGCUUGGGAUGAAGCUCAUGAGAUAUUGUCUUUCACAAGUGAUUUCUCAAGUUCCAUGGCUAAUAAGGACGCCUAAUUUAUUGGCAUUAGCAACAAAGUAUGAACUACAUGUAGACAGCCUUGACAGUCAUCCCCUUUAUUAAAGAGGUGAUGUUACAGUCAAGGCAGGUCAAGCUUACCCCCAAGAUUCUAUUAAUGAAUUGAUUAUUUGAAAAAUGAAUCUGUUAGGGGUUUCUGUAGCUAGUGUCAAAUUCAAAUCAGCAUUCCUGCUUGCAAAAUGAGCAGUGAAUAUUUUACGAGAACUUCUCUGUAUUUUGGUCAGGUUGAAAAUCUUUGAAUGAAUUAAAUUGUUUAGAAGACAUUUACAUCAAAUUCAGGGAAACUGAGCUGAUAGAAAUUUUGUAACUGCCUAAUGCGUGUGAAUUCAUGGCUCAUUACACAUGUAAGAAUGCAGAGAUGAAUCUGAAAUCUACAACUACCAAAGGAUUCAACUGUUGAAUAAUAAGUUCAUUAAUGAAAUCUUGGGGGGUAGGCUUCAUCUGGGUUGACUGUAAGUACUAUAUAUGGAUAGACUACGAGUAGUCCCCCAUUUUUCCUCAGAGAUAGUAGAACAAGCAAAACGCGAGCACGCGUGAAAAUCACCCCACGUGAGAAAAGGCGGCACGCGGCGGGAAGAGAGAGAAAUGAGGCACUACAGACAAAGCCCAAGCUUUUGACCCUUCACAGCCGACUGAUUUUGGAUUGUGAAGUUCGUAUCCCCUUCCAAAUCAAUUAAGAGCAUCCAAUGGGAUUCCUUCCCUCAUUGAGCUGUCAUUGCUCUGGUCAUCUGUAAAGUGCGGAGGAUAUUUAUUGCAAGCAAAGUAGAAUCCAGAUGCUUUUUCUUUACGGCUGUUUCGCGUGAAGAACUUGAUAGUGUAGGCAACACAUGACUUUUACUCAUGCCAAAAUGCUGCUUGUUCCAAUGAUUUUUUCUCUCUGACAGGUUGAUUAUGCUCUGGAGGAAAACGUUUUGACUGAGCAAAUGUGAUUUUUGCCGCAUAUUUCAUACUGAAAGGUCGUGACACGCAUAUUAAUUUUCUGCGGUUAUUGUUUAUGGUCGGCAUGAUUUGUCCUCUGAUGCAAGAGCAUUUUCUUUGACCUCUUUUGAAAACUAGAGCUCUUCAAUGCGGCUAAAUGAGGGUUUUGGGUUGUUUAAUUUCUCUGGCGGUUGCCCUCUGGAUCUGAAUAAUUUUAAGGGAUUUUUUUUUGGCCGUGAAUGUGAUGGUUUCCUGCAAUGUUGUGUCAGGCUGGUCCCAGCUUGUCAGGGUUUUUAGCAGGACGGAUAUAUCCAAAUCUCGAAGAAUGGAUUGCAGCUUAAACUAAAACUACAUCAACUAUUGAUGUGAUGUGACUCAGUCAUGACUGCUCAUGAAUUUUAACUGCCGCUUGUUUUUCUGGAGGUAAUGUGAGUCCAAUAAUGUCAUAGCUUUUGAAUAAGCUUAACAGCCUUUCGACUGUUCUGUUAUUCCCACUUUGUGAUCAGGCAAGACCAUGGUUUCAGUCUCCACGCAAACCUCAUCAGUUGCUGGGUUGUCUCUCUUCUUAGUUGCUUCUUCAAGAGCAACUCUAGUUAUUUGUUCUGUGCUGUUAUUUGUUCUGCUCUAGUUAUUUGUUCUGCUCUAGUUAUUUGUUCUGUAAAUUGUGAUAAUAUCUAGUAUUGAUAGCGGCUGGUGUGUUUUUGACAGAUGUUGACCGAUUUCCAUGGAAUAGCCAAUCAGAGUUUUGUGUUGUGAGAGCAACGCAUAAGCUUGGGCUUUGUCUGUAGUCCCUCAUUUUUUUUUCUCCCUGCCGUGUGUCGCUUUUACUCGCGUGGGGUGAUUUUCACGCGUGCUCGCGUUUCGCUCGCUCUACUAUCCCUGAGGAAAAAUGGGGGACUACUCGUAGUCUAAUAUAUGGACUGAGUGGUCAUUUUGUCAUAAUUUUUUUGCUCUUUUGCUUUAUUAUAUUUAUAUUUAUUAUUAUUAUUAUUAUUUUGUAUUUUUUAGAGAAGAGGAUGUCUAGUCCUUCUUUAUGUUUUUGGUCCAUAUGUUAUUGAGAAGAUGAUAAUGAAACUUGAGCGAUGGUUGCAAAGUCAAGAAAAUUGGCCCAAAGGUAGGGAGCAAUUUUUCAAAGAUGAGAUCAAUAAUUAUAUUUCAUUGAAAUAACACCACACUCAUCAAUUUUCUGUCACACAUUGAUUAAGACAAGUGAGCUGUAGUACAUGUAUAAACCAAGCAAGUUUCUCUCUAUUCCUGAAGUUUUAUACUUGCCCAGAGCAGCGUUGCCACUGGCCUAGACCAAUCCCUUAUUUCACCAACAUUAAUUUGUUUUUUCUUAGCUGAUUUUGCUUUAAUACUUACAUGUAUCAGGCAGCUUGUAAUAAAAAUGUUCUACAAUCUUGGACAAAAAGUGUUUUAAGAAUUUUGCACUUUCUUACCCACAGAAGACCUAUCCUGCAGAUUUGGUACUGCUAUCCGCCCCUUUCCUUACCCCAUCCUCCUCAAUGUUAAUUAGUCGGGGUCAGAAAAGAUCCGGCCCAAGAUUAAGAUUGUCCAAGAUUGUAGCCCACUGGGUUGCUCCACUAGCCCUGGGCUAUCAGAAGGCACUUUUGUUGUGCCCUGAUGUGACAGGCCAACUGAUAGGGUGUAGUAGCCUAUUAAUAUUAUUAUUGGAUGCAGUUUUUAAGUCAACUUUGCAAAAGCCCAUCAUGUGGCAUACAGUGUAAUACAUGUAUCAGGAGCCUCUAAUGUGAUGCCAGUGUUCAAUGCAAAGUUAAAAGUUCCCUAGAGAAUUCAUGUCAAUACAGUGAAAUUAACUCUCUAUAACGAAGUACAUACCAAGGAACUGCCAAAAUGUGUUUGCGGUAAUGAGAUUUGCUUUAUAUCCCCGGUACAUUGAGGUUCUUUUCCACAUAGUUCUCUUACUCAGGCGAAGAAUACUGUUUAUUAUGAGAAACUGCCCACCCAUCCCUCCCAUAAUCCAGCAAUAAAACUAUUUUCUCACUUUAAUGGGCAAACUGUUGGGUUAGGGGAGGGGUAUGUGGGAAGUUAAGUAGAGUCUUACACUGAUCCAAUCGUUCCAGCUCACCUCUUGCAGUGUAAUGUGUUGAAAAAUAUUGGUGAGAUAAAUUUUAUUUUGCAACACAAGAAGAGGAAUUUCCUAUCUCUAAGCAGCCCUGUAAUAUUGUAUUUUACCAUAAUUUAUAAACAUCGUUGAUGAAAUACCAAACCAUUUGCUUUGAAAUUCGUGAUUUAUUAUGUAGCCAUAGCAACAGUGAUCUUUUCAUGUGUGAAGAUCACAUGUUAUUUUCACUUGUCAAGAUAUCAUGUUUUUGCCCAGAAGCUCACCUGGUAUUUCAUUUGUGUUUAUAUAAUACCUUUUCAUCUUUCUUUCUGCAACAUGUAGGACUUAAUCAUCCAAGAAUAAGAGAGAUUCUGUCAGCUUUGAUUCCCCUUCUCAGAACAGCAGUUGUUUGUAAGUACACAUAAAUAUUAAACGAACAGGUUCACGAUUCAGCGCGUGCUCGUUAAUCAAAAUGCUAUUUUUCUGCUGAGACAUGAUGUAUCGUCUGAAGGUAAUAUGAUCAUGUCAUAAUGUUGUCAAAGAACCAAUCUGCACACUCCCCUGGCAGUCACUUGAUCAAGUUAGGUGCAAAUAGCUGUAAAUUAAUCAACCAUGGAAUAAAACCGUCGGGUCAACAAUAAAUUCAAUGUUGGUAGUGCUGGCAUAAUCCACUAAUUUUUCUGUGAUUUUGGUACUCCUCCAUCCUACUUCAGGUUACUCUGAAAUACACUCAGUCUACUUUGAAAUACACUCUGAGAUCACAUGAGUGGGAUUUUUAACCGAUAGAAUUAAUAAUAAAUUGGAAAAAAGUAAUGUAAUUAAUGAGCAUGCGCUGAACCGUGAACCUGUCCCUUUAAUUGUUUCGAAGCUGCAAAUUAAUUAUUUUUUCUUUCUUGGUUAGGCUCCGUUUCUCAAACAUGUAUUGUUAUGUUUUCAUUAUUUCAGAUACUCACAGAGCACACAUGGCCCUGUUUUAUUUAACAGGAGUAUUUUAUCACAUUGCGAAAAGGAUUACUGGAGUCCAGUAUGUGAGUAACAACUUGAUUUUUUUUUUUUUACUCACGGGUAAUCUAACAUUAUGAAACUUGGUGUAUUUCGAUUAACAUUAGCCCCAUAAUCACCCCCACCCCCCUCCCCUCGCCCAUGAUUGCUCCACCACCAGGGCCUACAUCUUCAUGUACUCUUUUUAAGCAGCAGUGUGGUUGGAGUGCGGUUUCUGCCCCCUUCCACAGUAUCCGGAUAUUUUUGAAAACUGAGUUUUUUUCUCCGUUUUCAAAACAAAAAUAAAAUAAAAUAAAAUAAAAAUACGACCCACACCGUAAGGUAUUCGCAUCUUUUUCGCCCGUCCAAACGAAAACGCUAAAACAAUGGAAAUACGCUAGCAUCCCUUACGGAGCAUGUGUCGUGCUAGAAGUAUAUGAUGUAUGACAUCAUCGUAUUCGAAAACCUGCGUUUUCGUCCGUCCACACGUAAACGAGAAGCCGAAAAUAUGCACUCUGGAGAGCGUUUUUGAAAAAAAUGCGUUGUCGGUGACUGUUUCCACCGGAUAGGACGGUAGACCAAACCGGAGGGGAAAAAACGGUUCAAACAAGAAUGGAUCCCUGUGAACAGGGCCUCUAUUAGGUCGCGCUAAAGUGAGAUCAAUGCAGUGCAGUGCAAAGCCUGCAGUGCCUGGCUCUCAGGCAGUAGAGACUUCGCGAGAACAAGUCAAGCAAAAACAAGGUGCGCGUUUUUCGCGUCAAUUUUGGCGAUCUCUGCACAUUACCAUCCCGGAGCCUGCAACAGGCUGGCACUGCAGUGCAUUGAGACGAGGCCUGUUCCAGGCGUUUAGAUUGAGGGAAUGGCGCGAAAAGAUGUGAGCAGGAAAACCGGUGAGGGGGUGGGGUAGGGGGUGCUUUCCUCUCUGAUAUUUUUGCCCCGCACUUUACUACCUGGACGCCUGUAGCAGGUUAAGACAGGCUGACCUACGGUUUUUUUAUCAUUGAAUGAUUACCCACUCGUUACAGCGAGCACUUGAUCUCGACGAUCUUUUAGGAAAAAAACAAAGAAACAACAAACAACAACAAGAAAAACCCAAGGAGCUGAGGUGGGGGAGGAUGAAAAUAGUCGGUAACAACCGGUAUCGCUUCUUCUCGAAUUCGAUACCUCUUACAAUGUACUUCACAAAACGUUCGCUACCCUUUACGCAAACCUUUGAAAAUAACCCUCUAAAGCCACUAGAAAAAUAUUAAAAAAUGAUAAAAAUAAUCAUAAUAUGUUUCUUGUUCUUCAAAACGUUGCCCUCCGAAGGUACUGCAAAUUUGGGACUUAGCAAAAAAAUAGCCGUAGGUUUAGAUUAUCAUAACAACAACUUUGCACGUGAUCACGCUUUUUUGUACAUUACUUUCCCGCUGCGACACCACUAUUAACGACGUGAAACUGCCUAAUUUCACGUUUUCUGGAGGACUUGAACACAUUGUUUCCUUGUGCUUUAUGUACCGGUAUGCAGUGUCUGUGUUUCACUUUUUUUUUUUCAUUCUAAUUUUCUUGCAGCUUUUAGUACGAAGGAUCCUUAAAAAUGAAGGUUCCAGACCUACUUACCGUCUGCUGGGGUACCUUUCUGUCUUUCAGCUGAGUAUUUCUCUCUUGCUGGCUGUUUAUCAGGUGAGAAAACUCCGGUCAAUAGACCUUACUUUUCUGGUUAAAGAGUAGGACAAUGAAACUUUCCGGGGUGUGUAUUUUUUUUGUCAGAAUACGCGAAAAAAGUUACAGUCAAAUCAGUUCGCACUGGUAGUCGUUCUUUUUUUUUUUCAUAGUUUAACAAAAAAAAAAAACAGACACCCCGGAAAGCUUCAUUUUACGCCUUUUUGACCGGAAAAAUUAACACGGUUGUUUUUAUUGAAGAACGUUAAGCCGUCUCUCUCUCGUAAAAUGAGAAAAUUUUAAACAUUUGAUAUAUUUUUUAGUUUUCUCAAGUACGAUAUUCUCGCUUAAACUCCUAGUAGAAUGGCGACGCAAAAAAAUGACGAAAUAGAGACCUUAAGAGUAAGGUUUUUCGGCAUUUAAGGUUUUUCGGCAUUUCCCGCGAACGCCAAGAAUUCACGUGACCAGUCAGGUUUGUUGUUUGAGGUACACGUUUGUACGGUUAGGCCACGCUCCAGAGUUAAGUGAUUUACCGCAAGGGUUUUUGCACCCUAAAAUAUCACAAUCCCACGUUUGAGAAGAAAGACGACUUUUUUGGAUGAAUGAAUACUAACAUGGCAGCCGCGAGCUACCACCCGCGAAUCUUAAGUUCCAAAUAUGGGCAGACGGGUAACGUGAAACCGUUAACCGCAAACCACAGUUUGUCGUUUGCAGUAAAAUGACCAAACCUCGAUCUUAAGGUGUCUAAUGAGGCUGGUUCACGCGUGCGCACUACUUGCGAUUGAGAAAAUAUCAUCCUCGCCUUAGGAUCUGAGGGUCUCUGAUAGACAAAAAUAUUCCUAGUUUUAGGAGCCAAUUAAAACGCACGGGGACAACUGUCUAAUGAUUUGGUAAUACUAAUAACUGUUAUGUAAAGACCUCCCAAAUUGACUUUCCUAUAUGCCAGUUUACCUAUUCUCGAGGCAGUAAAUUGUAUCUGUACCGACACUUUCAUUGUAACGAAGUCGGAUGAUAAUUUCGUCAAUUUUCGUUGCUCUGAAUAGCGUUUGAAGUCAAGCAAGUCGGCUGAGCAUGCUGUCGUAUCUGAUAGCCAAAUGACAACACGCCUAGGUCCUCCCACCUCCGGCAUUAGAUGUGCACUGUGUUUAGAACGACUCCAAGGUAAAACUGCCACUCCCUGUGGACAUUUGUUCUGUUGGAGCUGUAUUACAGAAUGGUGCAGCAGUAAGGUAAGACCGGCCUUAUUGGCAUCAAAACGGUUUCACUAAUUGCAGUAAGGGGUUAUUGCUUUGGUGUUACGAAGCCCGAAUUUAUGCCAGUUAUUAUUUAAAAGAGCACCUUAUUUGAGGGUCAAUAUAUUUAGCACGGAAAUACUAAAUGGGCACAAUAUUUUUACGUCUCCAACCGGAGACGCAGCCAUUUUAGGAGGACAUCCGAGCCAUGUGAAGGUCUAGCCGCUUGCUUUCUCAGUUAUUUUAAGUCCCGGAGUGAUUGGUCCGGUCCCGGAAAUCGACCCGCGAGUUUAACCCUUUGACGACGCUUUAGUCGUUCUUUUUCCAUCCUCCAGUCAUGUCCAAUACUGCCGCACUGUUACGGACCGUUAAGAGCAGUUGACGGACCGUACAUUCUGCACAAACCGUCACUAUUACUCACGGUCCGUAUGCUGAGCACAUACGGAGCGUGCAUCUCAUUAUUACAUGAGGGCACAAUGCGUUACGGUCCGUUCGAUCCGUACGGUCCGUAGAAAUACGGAGCGUGCAUGUCAUUAUUACAUCAGGGCACAAUGCGUUACGGUUCGUUCGAUCCGUACGGUCCGUACGGCAAGAAAGGCGCACUCCAAAUGUAAUAUUCCUGUAAUAUUCCUCGUUCUAUAAAUUAACCAUAAACCAACACAAGCGCAAAAACCAAGAAAGGCGCACUCCAAAUGUAAUAUUCCUCGUUCUAUAAACCAUAAACCAACACAAGCGCAAAAACCAAGAAAGGCGCACUCCAACUGUAAUAUUCCUCGUUCUAUAAACCAUAAACCAACACUAGCGCAAAAACCAAGAAAGGCACACUCCAGAUGUAAUAUUCCUCGUUCUAUAAACCAUAAACCAACGCAAGCGCAAAGCCACACAUUCCUCGUUGUAUAAACGAUGUACCAACAAAAGCGCAAAACCACACAUUCCUCUAUAAACCGUAAACUAACACAAGCGCAAAAACCAAGAAAGGCACACUCCAAAUGUAAUUUUCCUUCUUCUGUAAAUCCAAACAACGCAAAUACCACAGUAUGCACUCUCUAAGAGAUGCGAUUUACGGACCGUAACACACACUUUACAGACCGUAUACCCCUGUUGUCGAUCCGUUCGAUCCUUUCGGAUCGACAAACCGUAUAUAACCACUCUUGCCAUGAAAAUAUUCUAAGUCCCACUAAUGAGAUGCGACUUACGAACCGUAAAACACACUUUACAGGACGUAUACCCCUGUUGUCGAUCCGUUCGAUCCGCGCAGAUCGACACAUGGCUUAUACGAACCGUUACGGUGCGGGUGUAUUGGACAACCCUCUGGAAGGAUGCAUAUUUUUCUUCUUUAACCCAUUUACCUUUCAGUUUAAGCUAUUGAGUUGGUAAGCAGCAACAUGAGCUAGGAUUAUCUCUCCACAGACACCUUGUUUUGGAAAUUCCGACCAAUCCUGACAGAGUUACAGACAAAAAAAAAAGUAACAUUCUGGGGGAAAUAUCCACUUUACCUUUUACUCUUUACAGAUUACAGAGAAUUAAACAGUCAUCUAAAAUAUAAAAUAUGGACACUCAUCUUUAACCAAGAGCUGUUUUGAUCCCAAGGAUACCACACUGUCCAUAUAAAGCGCAUCUCUAUAAAACGGACACCUCUGUAGCGUGCCUCUCAUUGCUCCCUGUUGCUGAGACCCCGGCAACGCAGAGUGUUGAGAAUCGACUUUAUUCCUAGCCACGAAGGUGUCCGUUUUUUGAGGUAGGGUUUAAAUGAAAGGUAGUACCUUUGUGUACAGGAAAGCUCUCCGACAGGCCCGGGGGAAACGAGUGGACUACAGCCCCAUGUGCACCAAAGUUAAACAUGUUUUAAAGCUGAUUAGUUAAACACGGUUCAAAAUUGUCUUCUUCAUAAAAGCUGCUAAUCUCCUUCUCAGCCGUUUUUAGGGUAUUCGCCAUUUGUACUUCUCCCAUAAUACACCUUGUUUUACCCCUUUCUCAAAUUUUUCAAUAAGCAGUCUUCAAUUUCUCUGGGGACCACUAGAAUGCCCAGGAGAUAUUAAGGCAAAGGUUAUUUAUUUAUUUAUUUAUUUUUUAUUAUUAUAAUUAUUGUUAGUAUUAUUAAUUAUUAUUAUUAUUAUUAUUAUUAUUAUUAUUAUUAUUAUUAUUAUUAUUAUUAUUAUUAUUAUUAUUAUUAUUAUUAUUAUUGGAUCAUUUGACCUUUCUGGGAAACUGCCCCUCCCCUGAACCAACAUUAACACUUAGAGCAAAAUGUUGGCUUAGGGGAGGGGUAGGUGGGCAGUUUCACGGAAACGUAAAAUGAUCCUCUUUUUGAGGGGAGGGGAGGGGAGGGGGGGGGGCAAAUAAGGUGUAUUAUUUUGAGAGAUGUACAAAUGACGAAUCCUGUGUAAAAGCCUUUGUUCCAGAUUUCUUGGUCUGUUUUUUAAUUAAUGUUUAGUUGGUGUCAGUGAGGCAUAUAUUGACUUUUGCUUUGUUUCCUUGUUUUUCCUUCCAGGCUGAAUGUCCUCUUUGUCGUGAACCAGUCCAACUUCCAAGACUUGUCUUUUUGCAUCAUUAUGAACCCACGUGACCUACGACUGAAACACAUUUUGAUAUUGUAUAUUGAGAAGCGUUCAAAUACAAUCAAUCCAGCUGUAGACAGUUAUGAGCUGUACACGUUCUUGACGCUUGAGUCGACGCUAGAGUAGCCUGUUUGUUAAAGUAUUGGUCGUUUAAAACACCAACAGCUCAGAAAACACGUCGCACAGUCGAGAUUCAUUCCUCGAGCUGAGGCUGAGAAGUUUACAAGAAAAUUUAGAGCCUGGGAACAAAGCCAUUUGUACGGAGAAACAGAGUACUGUGGAAAGUCAAGACAGUACCAGCCUUGGACUCACCGGCUGUACCAACCCGUAGUCAUCGGGGUACGGUGCUUGUCCAAAGAUCUUUCAAUCCUGAGACCUGAAAUUAGCCAGCCGAUCCGUGAAGCGAACAAACAAACAAACUCAAUCGUCGGUAGUAUAAAUCCACUGCAAGGAAUCUUUUUUUCACCCAUUGGUUAAAAAUGUAGGGCAUAAGCAUACUCGAAGUUUAUUAGGACUGGAUGCACAUGCAUGUCAAAGUUUCAUCAAGGAAAUCAUUCUUUCCAAACGUCCCACCUUUUAAAAACUUUGUAUCACCGUUUCCAGCGAUAUUAUCUCUCAACUUUGCGCUGCCUUUAAGCAGUUGUAUUAGUGAAACUAUAGUUAUCUCCCUUUAUUGCGGACACUGUGGGGACCCGAGUUAGUAACCUCAUAAGCGAGAAUCCGUAAUAGCGACAGUUUAUUUCAGUCAAAAGUUUUUAAGUUGUUUUUGCCGGGGAUCUAGCUGUCCGUGUUCUUGUGGUGUCCGCAAGGCGAGAGUUGAGUCCAUUUGAGAACCUCCCUACAAACAUUGCUUAAUCGAUAUAGGAUUACACAAGCUGGCUCAGUGACCUGGAAUUAUAAGGAACGUUUUCUUCACAUUUUCUUUACAUUUUAGGGCGAUCACAAGGAUAAUUCUCAGCGUAACAGAUCGUUGCAAAAUUGUUGUGGCAUUUGCGCGACAUUAUUCCAACAUUGUUGCUGUAAAAAUCAUCGUUGCGAAUCUUAAAAGCCAUCAGUUUUUUUGUGUGCUCGGAGGUGAAUAGCACAGGCCAUUUACUUACUUGCUUUUUUUUAAAGCAAAAAUGUUGUUUUUUAUGCCCAUCAGUGCUCUGCCUUUAAAGUUCUAAUAACACAAGGUAUUUUUCCUUCAGCUUUGAGAAGAAAUAUUCGCACAAGAGCUGAUUUAGAUCAAAAUUUACUUCCUACUUACCUGUCUUCAGCGGAUGCCGCCCUGUCUCAAGUUUUCGAUACUCUCUGUGUUUAUAGAUUUGCUAGUAUACUCUAAAUGUUAAAUUAAAUGAAAUUCUGGUCAAUUGUGGACCUCAGUUACAAACAUCACUUCGUUUAUUAAAUAAACGAAGUGAAACGUUAUGAAGUGUGACUAUAUGUUU